AUGCCGGGGUUUGGCCGGGGCAGGGCGGCGGAGGGGCCGUCUGUCAGCCCUGCCCCUCCGGAGGGCGGGGAGGGCCGGCGGGACAAAAGGUGGGCAGCACCAAGCCUUGUGAUACAGAGAAGAGUCACCAUUUUAUUUAAGGAGCAGGGAUUUGGAGUAGUUUUGCUCCCCCUGAGUGUUUGUCACCUCGUGGCCUGUUGCCUGCUGAGGGACCUCCCUCUGCCCGUCCUCCCAGAGAUCCGUCUCUCCAACGGGCCCAGCCGGUGCCAGGGGCGGGUGGAGAUCCUCUACAACGGCUCCUGGGGGACCGUCUGCGACGACGACUGGGACAUCGUGGAUGCCAACGUGGUGUGUCGCCAGCUGGGCUGUGGCCACGCCAUCACCCUCCCGGCUGCCAUGACCUUCGGCCAGGGGAGCGGGCCCAUCUUCCUGGACAACGUGGACUGCAAGGGCUGGGAGGCAGCUCUGAGCGAGUGCUGGAGCCACGGCUGGGGCAUCCACAACUGCUACCACUACGAGGACGUGGCUGUCGUGUGCAAUGAGUUCUCACCCACGCAAGCCAGCGAAGGACCGACAACCAGGACCCUCACAGCCCCGGUACAGGAUGGGGAAAGCUCGGUGGCAUCCCUGUGCCGUGUGCAGGGACACAACAUCCUUCUCACCACGUGCUGCCACCCUCCAGGUGACGGCAGCAUCCGUCUGGUGAGCGGGCCCGACACCUGCCAGGGCCGGGUGGAGAUCUUCUACCGCGGGAACUGGGGCACCGUCUGCGACGACGACUGGGGCCUGAGCGAUGCCAGCGUGGUCUGCAAGCAGCUGGGCUGUGGGCAGGCCCUGGAUUACAAGAGCAAUGCCUACUUUGGCUAUGGGACAGGGCGCAUCCUCCUGGACAACGUCAACUGCGAUGGCAGCGAGCCCUUCCUCUCCGCCUGCUACAGCCUCGGCUGGGGCAUCCACAACUGCGGCCACCACGAGGAUGCCGGGGUCAUCUGUGCAGGGCUGGACACGUCCACCAUCACAUCAUUCACCACCUCGGUGGCCCUGGACUCCGAGGAGACACUCACAGCCACGGCCACAGCAGUGACAGACGGCAGGGACCAGCCCUCCCAGGCCACUGAGGUGGUCACCACCAUGCUCCUGACUGUCGAGCAGGAAAGUGGCGGUGUGCGGCUGGCGAACGGGAACGGGAGCUGCCGCGGGCGGGUGGAGGUGCGGCACCGCGGCACCUGGGGCACCGUCUGCGACGACGACUGGGACUUCCCCGACGCCCAGGUGGUGUGCCGGCAGCUGGGCUGCGGGGCCGCCCUCGCCGCCACCGUCCUCGGCUCCUUCGGCUACGGCAGCGGGCCCGUCCUGCUGGAUAACGUGGGAUGCGGCGGCGGCGAGGCUCGCCUGGCCGACUGCUUCCACCUGGGCUGGGGGCAGCACAACUGCGGCCACCACGAGGACGCCGGGGUCAUUUGCCGAGGUGCUGAUGAUGCUGGAGACCAUUUCCAAGAAGCCACUGCUACGACCACCACGUUGGUCCCAACUCGUCCCAGGGAGGGGUCCCUGCGCCUGGUGAACGGCAGCCACCGGUGCGAGGGGCGCGUGGAGAUGUUCUACCUGUCCCAGUGGGGGACGGUGUGCGACGACGCCUGGGACCUGCGGGACGCCAAGGUGGUGUGCAGGCAGGUGGGCUGCGGGCACGCCAUGGCAGCCUGGGGGGAGGCCCGGUACGGCCAGGGCACGGGCUACAUCUUCCUCGACAACCUCAAGUGCAAGGGCCACGAGCCCUCGCUGCUGCGCUGCUCCCACAUCCGCUGGGACGUCCACAACUGCGACCACUCCGAGGAUGCCGGUGCUGUCUGUGACAUCCUAUGA